AUGGCGUCAACCUCCUCACCGCCGCCACAACCCUACCUCCGCAAUCCAUUCUCACCGGAAAUCGAACCGCCACUUCGCCAGAAGUUAGAAACAAUAUCACGCAAGAGAAGAUGCAGAGAAGAAUCACGAAACAAAUCACUCAUGUACGGCCUCGAACUCCAAUCACACGUCGAUACGUUUCUCCAACCCAACGACCUCUCAUCGUUACAAGAAACAAUCAACGAUCCUUUAUUCAAAACCGUCUUCAAAUCACUCGCAUAUCAUUACCCUAACGCAUUCGCUUUCAAGCUCGUUAAACUCCUCCAAUUCCACCCUCCUACCCCAAUCCGAAUCCAAACGGUUUCAAUUCUCCGCAACAUUUUCAAAGAAUCCGAUAAAAUCAUUCCCACAAUGCUCAUUCCACUCAAAGAACUUCUCUUCCUUUCACUCACAAAAGAAUCCGAUGCUUCUGUUCUCCCUAUUCUCUGCGAAACCAUCGGCCUCGUCGCUUCGAGGCUGUAUCAAUAUCCCGAUAUUGGCGGUUGGUAUGAGCUUCACCAGUACAUUUCCGCUUCUUUCACCGAACACAAAUCGAAAUUGAAUCACCAUAAAGGACUCUUACUUUUAGCGGAAUUACCAGUUGAAUCUGUUGAAAACAGAGAAUUCUGGAUUGAUCAAGGACAUUUCGAUUUUCUGUUUAACAAUCUAAUUACAGCCAUUAAUUCGUCGGAUAAUGAAUUGCAGGAGUUGACGUUCAACGCUUCGUGGACGGUUAUGCGAAUGUCGAGAGAUUUAGAGAGAACAGACGUUUGCGAUUCUCUUUUGCCGCUUUUGUUAUGUUUAAUCGAUCUUCAUCACGGUGAAGAAGAUGAACUUCUUGAUAUGCUUAAACGCUUAGAGAAUUUGGUAACGAUGGAUAUUGAAGAAAUCUUUAACGGAAAAGAAGGGGAUGUGUUUUGGUGUAUGAUUCGUGUGGCGGAGAUGAAAGAUUUGAGUGAUAAGUUAAAAUGUGCGGCGGUUGCUGUUUUGAAGGAACUUGAUGAAACGAGUGCAGAUGCCAUGGAGAGUGUGAUAAAGAAACUUUCUCGUGAAGAAUUGAAGAGAGUGAUUUGUGUUGCUAUGGAUAUGAUGGCGUGUGUUGUGGAUGAUCCUGUUUGGUAUGAAAUUGAUCGUAAGAAUUGUGAAGCUGCUGGGUUGACAGAGAGUUUUAACCGUGGGAAGUUUUUGAUUAAUAUGUUAACUUUUGAUGGAGAUGAAACUGUGUUUUUUCCCUUUGCAGUUAAGAUGAUAGAAAGGAAAUAUGGUUCUGAUAGUGAUUGGCGGGUACGUCAUGCAGCAAUGUUUGCCAUGGCUGCAAUUGCACAUAAACACUUCAAAGGGGUAUGUAUUUUGCAUCACUUUAAAGAAGUUGCAAUCAUGUCAUUGUUUUUUUUCUUCUUACUAUGUGAGCCUAAGGUAAAUCACCAGAUAUGUAUGUCAUGA